AUGACCAGCCUGCCAACAAAGGAUAGACUUACACUGACAAGCCUGCCAACAAAGGACAGACUUACAACGACAAGCCUGCCAACAAUGGAUAGACUUACAAUGACCAGCCUGCCAACAAAGGAUAGACUUACAACAAGCAGCCUGUCAACAAAGGAUAGACUUACAACAACCAGCCUGCCAACAAAGGAUAGAUUUACAACAACCAGCCUGCCAACAAAGGAUAGGCUUACAAUGACCAGCCUGCCAACAAAGGAUAGACUUACAACAACCACCUGCCAACAAAGGAUAGACUUACAACAACCAGCCUGCCAACAAAGGAUAGACUUACAACAACCAGCCUGCCAACAAAGGAUAGAUGUACAUCAACCAGCCUGUCAACAAAGGAUAGAUUUACAACAACCAGCCUGCCAACAAAGGAUAGACUUACAACAACCAGCCUGCCAACAAAGGAUAGAUGUACAUCAACCAGCCUGUCAACAAAGGAUAGACUUACAACAACCAGCCUGCCAACAAAGGAUAGACUUACAACAACCAGCCUGCCAACAAAGGAUAGAUGAUAGACUUACAAUGACCAGCCUGCCAACAAAGGAUAGACUUACAACAAGCAGCCUGUCAACAAAGGAUAGACUUACAACAACAAGCCUGCCAACAAAGGAUAGACUUACAACAACCAGCCUGCCAACAAAGGAUAGAUGUACAUCAACCAGCCUGCCAACAAAGGAUAGAUGUACAUCAACCAGCCUGUCAACAAAGGAUAGACUUACAAUGACCAGCCUGCCAACAAAGGAUAGACUUACAACAAGCAGCCUGUCAACAAAGGAUAGACUUACAACAACCAGCCUGCCAACAAAGGAUAGAUUUACAACAACCAGCCUGCCAACAAAGGAUAGAUUUACAACAACCAGCCUGCCAACAAAGGAUAGAUUUACAUCAACCAGCCUGCCAACAAAGGAUAGACUUACAACAACCAGCCUGCCAACAAAGGAUAGAUGUACAUCAACCAGCCUGUCAACAAAGGAUAGAUGUACAUCAACCAGCCUGUCAACAAAGGAUAGACUUACAAUGACCAGCCUGCCAACAAAGGAUAGACUUACAAUGACCAGCCUGUCAACAAAGAAUAGACUUACAACAACCAGCCUGCCAACAAAGGAUAGAUUUACAACAACCAGCCUGCCAACAAAGGAUAGGCUUACAAUGACCAGCCUGCCAACAAAGGAUAGACUUACAACAACCACCUGCCAACAAAGGAUAGACUUACAACAACCAGCCUGUCAACAAAGGAUAGACUUACAACAACCAGCCUGCCAACAAAGGAUAGAUGUACAUCAACCAGCCUGUCAACAAAGGAUAGACUUACAAUGA